UCCUGAUUGGUCGAGCAGGAUUGCAGGAUUGGGGGUGGAUGUGGAUGGGGGCGGAGGUGGUGAGCGAUGGAGCAAAGCGCAAAGUAAGUCACCCAGCGGAGCGCAAAGCAAAUUGGACAUGCUGCCAAUCAUAUGAGAUCUGACAAGAGACGGAGAUGGCACAGCCAGACCAACCCACGCUCACACUGGUCACGUUGUUCUGCAUGUUCUACGUGAGUCGGGGCUGGAGCCCAGAGGUCCAGGGACGGGAGGGGGGGGUAGUGGAGCUGGACUGCAGCCUGCCGUCUGGCCCCAGCAGCCCCGGGUCAGCCUCCCCCCGGAUGGUGGAGUGGGUCCGGCGGGGGUACGACACCCCUGUUCUGAUGAGUUUUGGAGCGCACGCCUCUCGCGUGCACCCCGAGUAUGAAGGGCGAGUGAGCUUGGUCCGCAGCACCUCCCUGAGGGUGGCGCGGCUGAUGGUGGAGGACGAGGGGGCGUACGAGUGUCAACUCUUCCUCCUGGACCACGUCACCAACGUGUCCCGCAGCGGCAACUGGACGCAGCUCUCUGUCACCGCUCCGCCCACUUUUACCACGACCCCGCCCUCUGUUGUGGAGGCUCUGGCCGGCAACCGGCUGUCCCUGUCGUGCGUUGCCAAGGGCAACCCUGUCCCGUCCAUCACCUGGCUGAAGGAUGGGGCGGGGCUCCGGGACCAGGCCGUGGAGAUCCAGGGGGGGACUCUGAUCCUGAGGGCCGUGACCCCGGAGCUCAGGGGCCAAUAUGGCUGCCGCGCCUCCAACCCCGACGGAAACAUCACCCAUGUGACCACACUACAGGUCAAAGGUCCCCCGGUGAUCGUCAUCCCACCCAGGAGCGCCUCCCUCAACAUGUCCCAGAACGCAGAUCUUACAUGCAAGGCUAUCGCUGACCCCCCCAACAUGACCUACGUGUGGAGGAAAGGGCAGGAAAACGUCCAUCAUAUAGAGUCUCUUAAAUCCCGUGUGAAGAUUAUGGUGGAUGGAUCUCUGCACAUCUCCACACUCACCCCAGAGGAUUCUGGGAAGUACACCUGUAUGCCCACCAAUGGCCUGCUAGCCCCGCCCACCGCAUCAGCUGACCUCACAGUGAUGCAUCCGGCCCAGGCCCUGCCGAUGCCCAGGGAGACCUACCUGCCCACCGGGAUGAGAGGUCUGAUCACAUGUCCCUUCUUAGCCAAUCCCCCGCUGCUCCACGUAGACUGGACCAAAGACGGAUCUCCCCUGGACGUCACCCUGUACCCAGGGUGGACCAUGACCUCUGAGGGGUCGUUGUCCAUGGCGACCGUCAACGAGGACUCUGCAGGCGUGUACAGGUGCACGCCCGCCAACAGCUACGGGUCCAUGGGCCCCUCUGGGGCCACACGCGUCCUCCUGCAGGGACCCCCUUCGUUCCGCUCACCCCCCCAGCAGCAGUACCAGCAGGAGAUGGGCAGAGCUCUGCUCAUCCCCUGCCAGGGAGAGGGAGGUCCGGACACCAGGGUUACCUGGAGGAAGGUGAUUGAGGGCCCCGUGGCCCCCAGCUUCCAGGUGACCGGUAACGGCUCCCUGCUGCUGCAGCCCCUCACCAAGGGCCACCAAGGGGCCUGGGAGUGCAGCGUGUCCAACCGGGUGGCGUCCGUCUCCGCCUCCACCCUGGUGCUGGUGCUGGGAACCACGCCCCACGCCGCCACCUCUCUGUCUGUGGCCCCGGGGCCCAGGGUCGCUGACGUCUCCUGGGAGCCCGGCUACGACGGAGGAUCAGCACAGAUGUACUCAGUGUGGUUCAAGCAGGUCUCCCCUCUCCACGGCAGCCCCCGGCGGGACAACCUCAGCUCCGAGGAGCAGGGGACGAAGCGGCAGCACCAGGGUUGGUUCAACGUGUCGGUCCCCCCCGCCUCGGGGGCCCGCCACCAGGUGACCGGGCUGGCCCCCGCCACCCACUACCAGUUCAGCGUGCUGGCCCAGAACGCCGCCGGGGCCGGGCCCUUCAGCGAGCUGGUCACCGUGCGCACCCUGGAUGCUCCGAUUCCAAGAAGGGCCACUUUGAGUCCCCCGGGGGCCCUGUCCGUCAACCGCACCUCCACGGGGGUCAUCCUGCAUUGGGCCCCGCCCCCAAGCAACCGUCCACCAAUCACAGCCCUGGUUCUGCAGUCUCGAGGCGCAAACGGCGAAUGGCUGACCCUGGAUCGGGACAUCAACGCCGCCGCCAUCGAGUUCGCCGUCCCCGGCCUGCGAAAGGACAGUGUGUACGAGCUGCGGCUGCUGUCUCGGCGCGGGGAGGUGCUGAGUGAGCCCAGUCCAUCCGUCAACGUCUCCACCCUGGGCCCGGGGAGGGCCGCGGCGCCGUCCCAGCUCUCCGAGCUCGUCCCCCAGCCCUUGCUGGCCGGCGUCCUGGGCGGCGUGCUGUUCAUGGCGCUGGUCCUCUUCCUGCUGCUGGCCGCCACCUGCUUCGUCGCCCGACGGAGGGAUAGGCGGCGGCGGAAGCAGCAGAACAAAGACGAUCUUGUGCGCUCCAUCUAUAAACCCUCCUCCAUGCGGACGGCAGGCGGCGGCAGUCCAGACAGUGUGCUGAAGAAAAGCCUCCUCCACUCGCAUAAUCUCUACCCCGCCACCUCCUCCUCCACCUCCUCUUCCUCUUCGUCCUCCUCGUCCUCCUCUCAGUCCCACAGCGGUAACUUCAGCAAAGGCAGCCCGCCCCAUAGUGAGGGGCAGCACAUGGAGCUGCUGCUGCCUGGCUCCCUCCACCACCACCACCACCACCUCCACCCCCAGCACCACCAGCACCAGUACCUCCUCCCCACCCCCCCCACCCCCCAGCGCAGAACCAAAUCGCUCAGCAGGGCCUCGUCCUCCGUCCUCUCCUCCCACCUGGAGCUCAUCACCAGGGGCCCCGACGGACGCUUCGCGGCCCCCGGCGACGGCCAGUCGCUGUCCUCCGCCCUCGACGACGAGAAGAAGGGCCCCGGGCGGGGGGGCCGGCGCUCGUCCCGCUCCUCCGCCUUCCAGCGCUCGGCGUCCCUGCCCUCCCGGCGGGGCGGGGAGGCGGGGCGGCGGGCCCCGUGCGUCCUCUCCGUGGAGCUCCCUCCGGCGCCGUGCCGCGCCCCGGGCCCCGACGGCAGGCGCGGCGCGCGCUCCAUGACGGAGCAGCACCUGCUGGCCCUGCCGGGGCACAGCCUGUGGGACGGCGCGGACGGCGGCUCCGACUGGAGGGGCUCCCUGCGCAGCUCGGCCCGCAGCUCGGUCACCGCGGCGAGCGGGGCGGAGCCCGGCGUCCCCCUGUACCCGGGGGGGGUCGCGCCCCGCACCACGGCCAGCAGCCUGGUGCUGCAGAUGGAGCACGAGAGGGAGCGGGGGAACCUGAGCCGCUGCCUGCAGCUGGCCCACGAGAGGGAGGCGCUGCAGUGGGAGCUACGCAAGUACACGCUGGAGAGGGGGAGCGGCGCCGAAGAUGGCGGCGACGGCGUGGACGGAGGCGUCGAGGGGCGGGUCUUGCAGGAGAGGUACGUCGGCGGCUGUGGCGGCGGCGGCGGCGGCGGCGGCGGCGGCGGCGGCGGCGGCGGCUACUUGCCCCGCCUCCACCGGGACAGCAGGGCGAGCUGGGAUCUCGCGUCGCCUGUCUACUCCAAUUGGGGGGCUCCCACUCCUCCCCCUCUCCCCCCCCGGCUCAGCCCCAUGUCAGCCUCGUCCCCGGGGCUGUACCCCUUCCAAAGGGCCCCGUGUGGGAGCUCCUUCCGGGGCUCCCACGCCCAGUUCCCCCUCGUCUCGCCCGCGAAGCAUCGGGACGCGGCGGCGGAGCGCCGGCCCACCGACAGACUCACCCUCCCGCACCUGUCGGCAGAGCGCCAGUGGCCCCCCGCAGGCGAGACAGGACCGGAGCGCCAUAGCUCCCUCCGAGUCCCGCGCGGCACGAGGCAACGCAACCACGCGUCCACCGAGGAGAAGAGGAGGAGGAACCUCUCCACGCCCUCGCCCGCCCGGGACGAUCAAUACGCGGAACACUUCGACGCCGCCGCCGCCGUCGGCAGCCUGCCACGACAUCCCAAAGCCCGCCCGGCCGUUCCCAAGCCGCCCCCGACGCGCGUGGAUGACACGUGCGUGGAGAUGAGCGUGGACGGGCCCGACCUGGAGGCGAUGCCGGCCGGGCAGAGGAGCCGGGUCGAGCGCUCUGACGCGUCUUCGUCGCUCCGCCGGCCGCACAAGGGCGAGCGCGGCAGGGGCCCCGGGGGCACGACCCCCUUACCCGGGCACCGCUUUGAAAUGACCCCCGGCCGUCACCUGUGGAAGACCACGAGCCUGGGGGCCCCGGACGCGUACGACUACCCCCAGCGCAGCCUCAGCCUGGACCACCGCAGACGCCAGCGGGCCGGGUUCCUGACCCCGGACGACUGGGUGGACUCGCUCAGCCAGGAGAACUGCUCCACGCCGCGGGGCCCCCCAGCCCCGCAGACCCCCAGAGCCGACGCUCACGGCCCCCUGGGUCCCCACUGGCCGCCCGCCCAGCCGCCGGAGACCCCUUCCUCGCACGAGCGCUCCUCCUCCUCCUCCUCCUCCGUCUUCUCCGCCCAGACCCCCAGCGGGGAGGCCCCCUCCCUGAGGAGGGGCCCGCCGGCCCGCAGCCCAGAACCCGCGCCGCCGGCCCAGCGGGACGAGCCCAAGAGAGAGUGGAGCAUCCUGUCCAUGGACGCGCUCCGAUGGCCCGCCAACAGUGAGUCCUGGGGGUCGGGGCCCCGGCCGGAGGCCUUGAAGGAACCCUCCGGAGGCUCACGGACCCUGAGCCGAGCCAGGGGCCCCACAGAAAGAGGAGAGGACCCCGGCUUCCCCAGACCUCUGCACAGGGGACAGAGCUGGCCCACGGCGGACCGGGCCCCACGCCCUCUCUCCAACGGUGACGGGGCCAAACGAGACGAUGAGAAGGCCGACGGGCAGGCGGGGGGGGCCCCCGGCAGCGAGGUGGACGAUGUGAGGGGCUACGUGGUGGUCCAGGGGUCGGCGACCCGGGGCAGCUUCAGCAGCUACGCCAGCAGCGGGCGGGGGAGCAUGGAGACGGGGAACGGCCGGAUGUCGGUGUGCCUGUCGCCGACCCUCUCCAAGGCCCCCGACGAGGUGGAGGAGUACGCUGAGGACCUCGGCCCCAGCCUGGACGAGGCCCGGAGAAGUAGAAAAGCCUCGGUUGACGAGAGCUACGAGUGGGAUGAAGACACAUCGCAGCCCGAAACACGACAGUUUCAAGACCCGGGUGUGUCCGAGGAGGUGCUGAAAGCCGUGUCCCUGUCCCGCUGUAGCCUUGUGAGCGUGCAGGCGUGCACCCUGGCAGACUGCGGUCCGGCUGCCUUGCUCCGGGGCUGCGGCACCAACCGACGCUCCCCUCAGGUAGAGAUGGAGACGGUGCUGUUCUGACUGCGACCGCAGCUCCCACUCUCCCUCUCUAUGACUCCCUGACUGUAUGAGUACCCCACACCUUUACCCACCGGCUUAGAUGUGCACACCCAAGGGGACGUUAGAUGAUGAUGAUGUUGAUGAUGAGAUGAAUGUAUAUAUACUAUUAAGGGAGAUGAUGACUUUGAUUUGGAUGUUUGUAACCACCGUGGACCAAAAUACUGUAUAUGUUACUUUGCAUUAAGUGUAGAAGCCAUAAAUCAUUGAUGAGUCUUGGAUUUAGGAGGAAUGAUUGUUAUAUUGUGUUGGGCUGAUUUUGUUUUGCUGAUUUUGCAUUCCUUAACUACGGUGGACCAUAUAUAUAUGUAUAUAUAUGUAUAUAUAUAUAUAUAUAUAUAUAUAUAUAUAUAUAUAAGACAUUCAAACAAUAAUAUGGUAAUUUCAGAGGCUUGCUUUUAAUUUAUAAGUUUCAUGUUCAAGUUCAUGUUUUUCUUUGGUGGAGAUUCUUAUAAAUAUAACAGCAGGACUGUUUCAUUAAUGGACAGAACGUCCAAUAAUGGGCCCUCGAUCCAUUAGUGAUGAAAAAAAAAAAGACAAUAUUCCCAGAGUCUGGUUCUUUAGGCAUAGCAGACACGGCUCAAUACUUAAUGGAGUUCUGUCUUAUAAAACAUUUUGUGUUUCAAAAUACUGUUGUAUGGAAAACAAGAGAACAAAGAGCAAAGCAGCUAAAAUGUUCUCUUUGCUUAACACUGGCGAUAGAGCUUUUUUUACAGUGGGAGGCAAGUGUACAGAAAAAUAAAACGUUUAAAACGUUUUUUUGGAGGUGGAAACAUAAAGCAAACAUUCUCUGCGAUAGUUGUCCCAGACUUCCUCUGUGGAUAUGGUGCGUACCUUGCUGUUUGGUGUGUACUUCUGUGGUGAUGUGCAAUCAGGAGACUCAAUGACAGGAAAACGUCCUUUCCUGAGGACCAAGCUACUGUCGUCUGUCAGCCGGAAAAUGAAGCGUGAUUAUCACCCAUAUUACCAUAAAAACAUUAUUGUUGUUGUCAGCUGAGAAUUAAUUGAUUGAAAAAGUCCAUUUGCAUAGCCAGCGGUUCAGAACAGAGAUGAUAUGUCACUCUGAGCAUUAUGUGUAUAAAUCCUUGAGGUUUAUUAAUAAGCAGAAUCUCUACAUAGAAUGACCAACAUGACGUAUAUAAUGACAAAUAUUAGGUGUGAUAAAUAUGUUGAGGAAGUGAGUGUGUUUCCAGCUCGGAGCAAUGGCACGUCCAAUCAUGAAACUUACACACAAGAUUUGAGAGGAGACAAUGGAUUGAGGCAAGGUGAGAAAGGCUGUUCUUUUUUUACAAGUUUUCCUAUUCCUAUAAUUUCAAACGUAUUCACAGUUGAUUGCAAGUAGUGAUAGUGUGAUUAUCUUUUGUCCUUGACAAAUCCCUUAAUCAAUACAGAGCACUGGUUUCCAUGGCAACGUGAAAGGACGACAUUUGACUUUGGAAACUAAUGUCUGUGAAUCUAAGGAGUGAAAAUAGAUAUAUAAUACAUUGAGGUUUGAAGACCUUGUAUAUGACACUAUAUAAAACAAUAUCUGUACUUUUUUAUAAAAUAAAUAAUAUUUAUGAAAUAUAUAUAAAACAUCUAGAGAUUGUAAUUUGCUUGCUUACUAUACAGGACUGUGAUGAAUGUUAAAAAUAAAUGUUGGAAAGAUGGAAACAUAACUCUUAAACUCUUUUGUCUUAGGACAAUAGGGCUCUAUUACUUUUCAGCUUUACAAAAUAUAGUAUAUAUGAGAUUCGGCAUUCAUAUUCUUGAGUUAACAUUCAGGUGGAAGUGAGCACCACUCCUGGUGCUAUAAAUGUUUCCCCCGGGAUAAGAUGUAGUUUACUAAUCCUAGAAUGGAAAUUGUGUUUACUUUUUCCAAAUAAAAUUAGAUGUCUUCUUGUGUAAACAGUUAAAAUAAAUAUCCAGGAUCCAAGCCAGGAUCCAAGUGGACGCCAUCAAAAUUGAGUCCCUCUCUGGUAACUUUCCAUGAUAUUUGGAGGAAAGUGUAUUCAUAUCUUUCAUUACAAACCAUCUGGGAGUCUGAUGAGCUGUGUUGAAAAACUGUUUCUCAGACUAUUUUCAAUAGCUUUCAAUAUCCCAGCAAGUAACUGUCCCCAGUUAAGGGAUGAUAAAUUGAACAAUAGUCUAAUUUUACAUAGAUGUUUGGUAAACGGUGAAAUGAAGGACACUUAUUGCAUAUAAUUUUCUGUUUUUAUAUCAUGUUUAUUUUAAUAUUUUUAUUUGUUGAUUUAUAUGGCUGUUUUUUCUAAAUUGUUGCUUCCCUUUUUCCUGUAAAUUAAAUAUUUCCCCUGUCUAAAUGUUCUUUCAAGCGCAAGUCCCAAUUUGUAGGCUAUCUGUUUAUUGAGAGUUUACCAAAAAUAAAUGCAAAGUUCUAACCGAAAAAUACAUUUUGUAUGUUUCAUCUGUGAGGCUGCUUCCUCCCUUUUUUCCCAGGUGUCUACACUUAUUUAUUUACUGUCAAAACAUAUUUUCUUAAUGUAGAGCAUCAAAAUAACAUAUUUUUUCCACUUACAUCUUUAUAUCGCAACUAAAUGAUAUGAAGAUUAAAUUUUCUUUCUCAUAAAGACUAACAUAUGUAGUACCAGCUGUCACACCAAUGCCAAUUUUGUCAACGCCGCCUAUUCAAUUAAAUAAUAUUAAAGCUAGGUAGUCAAUUUCUUUAGAAGCA